AUGCAGUUCACCAUCACCGCCAUUGUUGCUUUCGCCGCCACCGCUGCCUUCGCUGCUCCCCUUGACGAGCGCCAGGUUGGCCUCUGCUCUUCCGGCAACCCCGUAUGCUGCGCUACCGAUGUCCUGAACCUCGCCAACUUGGACUGCGCUCCUCCUACCACCACCCCUACCAGCAUCAACCAGUUCAUCGACGGAUGCGCUGAGUCCGGCCAGCAGGCCAAGUGCUGCCUCAUCCCCAUCCUCGGCCAGGCUCUCAUCUGCUCCGACGUCAACCCCACUGCUGAGGCUCCCGCUACCCCCUCCGCAUAA